UAAACCUAUAAUACGCAUCGUGUUUAAACUUUUAUUUAUGCCGUUGUGGGUGUUUAUAAUAAAUUUAAUAGACUAUAUUUUACUUCUGCUCGUUAUACUUUACACGAUAAACUGGUUACACCAUGUCGACUUGGAGAGUGGUAAAAUUCCUGAAGGACCAAACGGUAGAGGCGGUACCGAAUAGUUGGGUUUUGGAAAACAAAAUGUGUUACUGGCCUCCAACCAGCUUUACAAGGGAAGGCUUACUAUUGGCUCUCAAAAAUCACACUGCUCCUACUGAAGAUUGGCCAAUAUAUAAAGUAUUCCAUUACAACAAUAACUGCUUUGAUUCAUAUGAUUUAGCUAGAAUGAAAGUCACUAAGGCAAAAAAAAAUUAUAUCGUUGAUCUUGCUUCCGAUUCGGACACUACCGCAAAGAAAAAUAGAAAACUACAUAAGAAAAAGAUAAUAUCAUCCGAUGAUGAAGAUUCAAGGGAUGGCUCCUGUGACACACCCCCUACUACGUUGAAUAACGCUCCUAAAUUGAAAAAAGGUCCACUACAAAAGGUUCCAAACAGCAGCAGAGAAUCGUGUAGCUCUGAGAGUGAAGUAAUGUCCACUGCAGUAGAUGAAUAUUUUCGAAACGAGGAUCCCACAGAUGAACUCAUUGGACCAAACAAGUUAUCAAGUUGUUCAAAUGUCACAAGGAAUAAUUUAAACCAAGAUCAACCGAUCACUCCUACAAACAAAGGAAGGAAGUCUGUGGCAGUAGACAAAGGAUUUCCAAAUGACAGGACUUCAACAAGGAAGGAAUGCAUGGGAACCUCAUCUACUAGAGAUCUCGAAGGUUGUGCUUGUAUAAAGCUUCAGAAGGAAAUAUUACGCCAACAACAUUUACUAAAAGGGAUGAUGUCAGAUUUGUUUGAAGAAAUUCGAACAAUUAAAAGUCAACAAGUGGAGAAUAAUCCACCAACAUCCUCUAUUUUUGUAGAGGUUCAUCUACCUGCCAAUACCCAUCCAGAAUUAGCAGAUUUGGAGGAAUAUCUUAAAAUUGACGAAAAAUUUCAGUCCACUGUGAAGGAAAUGUCUAUCAUUGGGGGGCGCAAUAUAUACGAUUUUAUAAAAAGGGUGAUCUCCAGAUUUGUGACUGAUUCCUUAGCAUCACACUACAGUUACUGUGGUCUGAGAAAUAAGGAUAGUUUUUCAAAACUCACAACAUGCCAAAUGGUCAUUGAGAGUGCAAAAAGAAGUCCCGAUUUUCAACAGAUAACGGUCAAGGAAAUCGAAGAAUGCCUAAAGAAAUGGCUCCGCUGCGCUAAAGAAAGAUCCACAUCAAAAAAAAAUAUCAAUUGAAAGAAUAUAAAUCACGUUUCUUUUUUGUGUAUUAUUUUUCAGUUUUGAAUAUACAUAUUGCAUAAAACUAUUA